AGGUCCAUGCAAGGCAGGAUCACAGCACAGGCAUUCAGUUUUGACCAGCCGUUCAAGCCCUAUCAAAAGGAUGAAUUUGUUAUGGCAUUUUUUACUGAUCAAAAUGUGAACUCCAGUUUAAAGUUGCUGUCAGCUUCGGGACAAUGGACUACAUUGGGUUCCAAAGUGACACAAAUUGAAGCUACUGUGGUACCCUGUACACAGAUUUCCAUGUCAUUUUUCGAUCGGCUAUAUUCCCAAGGAGUUGUUAGAGAAACUGGAGAUAUUGUGCAGUGUUGCCAUGACUAUUAUGAUGAUAUUCUUGUAUCGGAUGAAUUAAGGAAGGUCUUGCUUCUGAAGGAUUCAGACCAUUAUGAUUUAUUUAGUCAAUUGGACCGUGAGGAAUUCCUGUUCUGUCUUUUUAAGCAUUUUUGCAUUGGAGGAACUAUUUGCCAGUUUGAAGAUGUAGUUGACCCAUAUUUAGAAACAACAAAAGCGUUUUAUAGAGACUUGGUGAGUGUUCAAAAGAAUCCUGAAACAAAAGAAAUAGGAGUUAUUUCUACAGUCUUCAGAGUGUCUGCAUAUGAUGCUAAUGGCCUGUGCUACCCUUCAAGCAAAAGCCACGAACAGACUUUUGCCUACUUGAUCGUGGAUCCCUGCAAGCGACACGUGUAUACUCUGUAUCACCAUGUCGGUGCGAGUGUGUUUACUAACUAGUUACAAACCUGGCUGGUCCCCAGUUUUAUAAUGGAGUUGGCCUUCUCUCUGCACGGAUUCAGGUAGAAAUUGCAAAGUUUUCUUACGAGGAAGCAUGAGCUCCUUCAUCCCACACUGGGAAGUGCUUCCCGUUCACGCACGUUACUGCGGGGUUUGGCCAGUUUUGGCGUAGUUAUAGUUCACGGAGCUGUUUUCUCGGCCGUUUUUCCCCCUUUCCUCACCCGUUUGAUCUAAUAAAAAGCGUUUCUCUGGA